UGCGUUAAAGCAAGGUCGAUAGGGGCAGGUUAUCCCGGCAAGUAGUAAGUCUACAUUAUGGAUACUCUACAUGCAACUACAACUAGACAGAUCAAUGCCCUUUAUCGUUCAUUUGUCGUCUACAUGUAGGAGCGUCUUUGGAUUAUUGAAUUGACAACACAUACAUUCCUUGGAUGAGUGUUCUAUUAAUGGAAAUAAUUCUCAGUGAAGCUAUUAUAGUAUUUUGAGUAUCAACACAGUUUUGUGUUAUAUAUCACAAAAAUGAUCUCCAAAUCGUUCAGCAUUGCUGUUUGUACAAGCAGCUUCUUAUAUACUUUUUACAUUCUGUGUAAUCUCAUGUAUUUUUUAUCAACUCACAAUGAAAAUCAAAAAACUUUACUUCAGACGACAAAAGCUGAAAAUUUAAAUUUGUCUACAACGUGGGCAUUACUGAUGAAUGCCUGUUUGCUUAGUUCAUUUAUGCUACAGCACUCUGUUAUGGCUAGCAAUUAUGCCAAAGAGAUUUAUUCCAAACUGGAUAUACAAGAUUUAGAGCGAAGCAUAUAUAAUGCAAGCAGUGCAGCUGUAUUACACUUGUUGAUGCGUUACUGGCAAUCUGUACCUUGGGUAUCUAUAUGGGACAUUGAUACCGCUCAUAAUAAUACACUUUGGCUAGUGUUCUCUGGCUUUCAUGUUCUGGGCUGGUUUAUAGUGUACAGUGGGUGCUUGAUGAUGGAUAUUUCUGAACUUGCUGGUUUGAAGCAAGUCUAUUACAAGAUAUCUGCUAGACCAAGCCCAAUGGCUAUGAAAUCAUUAGAGUUGCAGCGCUAUUAUGCCCAUAUGAGACAUCCUAGUUUUAGUGGUUUUCUCAUAAUACUAUGGCUUCACCCAUUUAUGACGGUUGAUCGAUUUCUACUUGCAACAAUAGUUACCUUAUAUAUGGUGCUUAUGUGGAGCAUUGAUGAAAAUGAUUACAAUUAUCAUGCUAACGUUAUUCGUAGGAAACGCCUACAACUCUCAUAGAGUACUCUUUCUGUGGUAGUUGCACGUACUCAGCAUUUCGCUUUUUUUAAAAUAUUUACGCUUUACCUGAUUAAGUACAUAAAACGACUGUUCAAAACUCUGACUGUACACGCAUGAAUCGUGUUAGACAUAAGAAUUUUGUAUUACCGUGUGAAACCCGGUGUCCACAAGUACUAAAAUAAAUAUAUAUUUACUAAAAAA